CAGAUAGGUAAUGUUCUCUCUUCUUUGCUUACAGGUUUGAAAGAACAUCGUUCUCAGACACUCUGAAAUCUGGACUUUAUAACAGUGUACUACCUGAAGGAACAUAAGGAAUUGAUAAGUCGUAGCUUCCUCGCCAUUACUUCUUUGGCAUUUGUACCUCUUGCUUUUUCUGUGGCUUUAGAUCAAGAAACACCAUGAGCACAACUCAGCGAAAGCGCCGUGGAGGAGCAGUUAAUUCUAGGCAAGGUCGGAAACGAAACAGGCUGAUGGCUUCUACCGCAGAAAUGGCUUCAGAAGCAGAGCCAAUAGAACUUGAAGAAAGUGCUGGUGAAGAAGUAGUAGAUCUCACAUGUGAAUCUUCUGAACCUGUAGUCGUUGAUCUCACUCACAAUGAUUCUGUUGUGAUUGUUGAAGAGAAUCAACAAGAAAGGAGAAAUCUCAGACUAAGAGGCCAGCGGCAGUGGGACAUCUGUAUACUGAUUAGCGAUGAUGAAGAUGAUCCAAGAGAUAAUGUUGUGCCGUCUGGUACCGUUAGCUGUCCGAUUUGCAUGGAUGGCUACUCGGAGAUUGUGCAAAGCGGGCGACUGAUUGUGUCAACCAAAUGCGGCCAUGUCUUCUGCAGCCAGUGCCUCCGCGAUUCCCUUCGGAAUGCUAACUCUUGCCCAACUUGCAGGAAGAAGCUCACUCACAGACAGUAUCAUCCCAUUUAUAUAUGAGUACUGCUGUUUCUCAGGACAGACGCAACCGGAUUUUUGGGGAAAAUGUCAUGCUUUCAGUGCUCUGAAGAUUUAAAGCGCAGCAGGUUGUGCACACAUCCAAAUAAAACUGGUUUUGUUGGAGAAUAACUUCUUACCUAUAUAGACAGCUUUUCUAUGGUCCAGGCUGCUUCUUGUUAUGUCACUGGUGAUGAUGUUGAGCUUAUGACUGUCUCUAAACUAGACCAGCAGCCUAUACCAGAAAGGAAGCAGCUGAUCCAUUUCCUUCUACUUUUUUAAUGCUUAACUAAGAGGGGUCUGAACCUUUUGUUAUUUCUUACUCUUUAAAUUAUUCCCACCGUCGCAUACAGAUAUGGAAUAGUUACCUCUCAAAAUGGAGAGGAACAAUUUGCCGUUUCAUUACACUUUUGGUUUUAUCCUGCAAGAAGCUCGUGACUCUGUUGCUUUCUGCUAUACCAUCUCUGGCCAAAUAGAGUAAGUUCUGUAGCGAGGGAUCAUUUUAUCAUAAAUCCAUACUAAAUUGACCACCAGGGUAAUGCAAUAAGAUAACCUGCUGUUAACCAGCAAUCCUUCUUUUUUAAGCAGAAGGCUGCUCAUACACAUAGG